GCUGUAAGGCUGCCUUAACCGCUCCGCUACCUACUGUCCGUACAGCGCCGGAGGGUGCCGGGAAGUGGUGCGCGCGGCUCUUGCGUCUGCCUAACGAGCACGAAGACGAGGCUCCCGUCGGCCCUCCGCUCACCUGUAAGAGCGACGCGCCGCGCGGACCCGAAUCUUCGGGAGGAGAGGGCAACGCAAGUCAGGAAGCGCGCGGAGAGCCGUGAGCGAGGCGGCGCACGGGAACGCGCUCCCCACCGGCCACUCGCCCGCCCCGAACCACAUUUUACAGUACUAGCGAGGUAAAUUACGGUAAACCGCAUGAAAUAGUGGAAAAAAAAAUUUAAUUGUGGUCGCUUGUCUUCCGCCGAACCGUGAGGACGUCGUUUUCCACUGGAGCGUGACGUGCCGUGCGCGAGCUGGCUGCCGAAGCGAAGAGGACAGGCAAAGUUAGGGUUAGUGCCUUCAAGUCGGGAGUUGAUUCCUGGCGGUUGCUCGUCGUGUGCGGUAUUUUAAGGGUCCCUCUGGUUUUGGUUCUGACCCGCAAUAUUGGCAAUGAUGUGCUGAGAAGAAUUGCUGGUGGCACGGGGCUCACGGCCAGUGGUGCAUUUGGCCUACAUGUCUCUCAAGGGUUUGGAGAACUCUAGUCCUGGACAAAUGGCAGAUGAGGCACCUCUCCUGCUGGAGCAGCACUUAUCGAAUUUCCAGCUGGACUGCCACACCGGCUCUAGGCGAACAAAGGGUACAGUGGUGGAGGCCUGCGAUGGGAGGAGUUCUAGUAAAGUUGUGCUCAGCACCCAGAGUAAGGUCGCUCUCAAGUUGGGCACUCAGCAGCUCAUUCCCAAGAACCUAGCGGUGACCAGCCGCACCAAGACCCGCCACCACACUACCGUGGUCACCCUACCUGUGCAGCUGCAGAGCAACACGGACAAGCGGGUCUCAGCACCCCCCUCAGAUGUCUCAUGGGAGGACUAUGACAGUGAUGGAGAGGGGGGCUCCCUCCAGAGAAACCGCAGGAACAAAUCAUACCGUGCUGCUGUGCGGUUCUUAACCAAUGAUGACAUGGCCAUUGAGCAAGGCACUAACUCUCUCAACACUGUUAAAGAGGAGGGGUCACCCAUCACCCAGCGUGACAGCAACCCUCGACAUAGCAAGAGGACCCUGAGACGAAGAAAGAACCGAAAACAUAAAGGCUCUUUCAAAGAUGAGCCUCGCCUCUACCAGGAGAUCAGAGAAAGAGGCCUGAACUCUAACAAUCAGAGUCCUGACGAUGAGCUGCUGGACAAUUCGCCUGUCGAGCCUCCUGAGCCAGAUCAGGGCAUAGUGGUCAAGAACUACCGGGCUGCCCACCUCUCAUGGAGCCAGCUUCCUCAGGUACAGGAAACUGGUAUUCUCCUGAACAUAACAUCAGCAGAACGCAAACGACAAGAGGCCAUAUUUGAGGUCAUUACAUCUGAGUACUCCUACCAGCACAGCCUGAAUAUCCUGGUGCGUCAGUUCAAAGCCAACAAAGACUUGCGGUGCACCAUGACUGCCACUGAGCAUCAUCACCUGUUCUCCAACAUCGCAGAUAUCCAGGCCGCCAGUCAGCGGUUUUUCGAGGACCUGGAAAGAAGGCACCGUGAAAAUCCUUUGAUCCAAGACAUCAGUGAUAUUGUGCAGGAGCAUGCGACUCGCCACUUCCAGCCAUACAUCAUCUACUGCUCCAAUGAGACCUUUCAGCUCAGGGUGUUCCAGAAACUUCUAGCAAAGAACGAGUUCAAGGAGGUGUUGAAGAAGAUUGAGAUGAGUCCGGAGUGUGGAGGCCUCCCCAUGAUCUCAUUCCUCAUCCUGCCUAUGCAGCGAGUCACCCGCCUCCCACUGCUCAUGGAUACCAUCUGCCAGAAAACUCCUGAGAACACAGCAGAGUACUUCAGUGCAGCAUGGGCACUGAAGGCCAUCAGCAAGCUGGUAAAGAAAUGUAAUGAGGGUGCCAGAAACAUGGAGAGGACUGAACAGUUAUGCACCAUCCAAAAACAGCUGGACUUUGGCAAAAUAAAGCCGUUCCCCUUGAUCUCCUCAUCACGGUGGCUGCAGAAGUCUGGGGAACUGGCUAUAUGUACCGAGGAACUCAGCAUCUUCUCUAAAGCCUUCAGUGCCAAGAGCUACUACCUCUUCCUAUUCAACGAUGUGCUUAUCGUCACUAGGAAGAAAAGUGAGGAAAGCUAUGUGGUGAUGGAUUAUGCUACACUGGAGAACCUGGAGGUGGAGCUGGACAGAUCAGAUGGGCAAGUGUCCCCACCAGUGAAGCAGAACAGCCUUUACUCUUUCAGACUGCGGAUGAAGAAGAACUGCGAUGGGCGUGCAGAACACAUUGGCCUGGUGGCGGAAUCUCAGGUGGAUCGAGCUCGAUGGAUAACUGCUCUGCAACGGCACAAGAGGAACGAUGAUACAAUCAAUAAAGAGGAUCUACCCCAGUAUGAAGUGACCCAGGCCUACCUUCCAAAGGAGCCGGAUGAACUGGGGCUGCAGCAAGCCGAAGUGGUCAUUGUCCUGCAGGCCAAAGAUGACUGGUACCAGGGUGAGCGGAUGCGAGAUGGACAACAGGGUUGGUUUCUGAGUAGUUGUGUUACUGAGAUCACAAACCGUGCAGCUGUGGCAAGCAACAUGCGCCGCAUGGAGCGACUGCGCAAGGAGACUAAUGUGUGAGAAUGAUUCCCUCUCCCUUGUUUUAUGGAAUAUGGGCAUGCUGUGGAAAGGGCUACAUUGAGCAAUGUGUGUAUGGGACUUUUAAAGGGAGAUUUUACUGAGUGUGUUUACAUAGUAUGGACUGCCAUCUAAUAAACAGUGCAUCUUUUAA